AGUAAUCGCAUCAACAUGCAGUUCUGGAGACUACUGUUUUUUGCACUUUUCUUAAAAGUUGCAAACAGCGACGUGACAAGCAGGACAAAUGACAUAAUAUCACACUUUACGCAAGAAAUUAAUAAUUGGUUAACAAUAGAAGAGAAUUCCGAAGAAUUUCAACAGUUAAUUCAAAAUCUAUCUCUUCCAACUGAUUUACAGCGUAAAGAUUGGCGUAGUUUUGAUGGUGAAACUAGUGAAAAUAUUUGCAUAAUAUGUAAAUCUGUCCUGAAUAUUUUUAUAGAAUAUCGUAAGCAGGGCAUGUCAGCAGAAGACAUAAAAAAUAAAGUGAUUAAAAUUUGUACUAUGCUAAAAUUGCAAUCUCCACAAGUCUGCGAUGGUGUGGUAACUAUUAAUUUGCCAAUAAUUUUGCAUAUCAUAGAUUCAAAGCCCAAUUUAACGGCAGAUACAAUUUGUGGAGUUUUACUGGAUUCACCGUCUUGUCCACUUAAUAAUAGCGAGUUUAAUAAUUGGACGGUCAUUAUUGAUAAUGGUCCCCCAAUAUUAAUUAAACCGGAAGAAAGCAAUGAAACCAUAGAUAUAGUGCAAAUAACAGAUAUUCAUUACGAUCCUAACUAUGAACCUUAUGGUAAUUCAUAUUGUGAUGAACCAACUUGUUGCCGAAGAGGACAAAACAAGACAAAUACAAGCGGCAAGGUGGCAGGCUAUUGGGGAGAUUAUAAUUAUUGCGACAGUCCAUGGCAUACCGUUGUUGAUGCUCUAGAUCACAUUAUAGCUGAACAUAAAAAUAUUUCCUAUGUUUAUUUCACUGGUGACAUAAUAGACCACGGUGUUUGGGAGACUACUAUCAAGGGAAAUGUAGAAAGUCUGAACAAAAGCUAUUUCAAAAUUUACGAAACCUUCAGAAAUAUUCCUGUGUAUCCAAUUCUGGGUAAUCAUGAGCCGCAUCCUGUAAAUCAAUUUGCACCUAUGACUGUUACUAAUGAUGAGAUAAGCACGCAAUGGUUGUAUAAAAUGCUGGCUGAUUUAUGGAUUGGUUUCGGGUGGCUACCGGAAUCUACACGUUCUACCAUUUUACAGGGCGGAUUUUAUACCACUUCGCCGAAAAAAGGAUUUAGAAUUAUAGCCUUGAACAAUAAUGUGUGUUAUAGCUACAAUUGGUGGCUAUUGUAUCAACCGCGAGAUCCUGAUGGUCAGUUGCAAUGGUUGGCGAAUACGCUCUUGCAAGCUGAAAAGGAUGGAGAGUAUGUGCACAUAUUAGCGCACAUUCCUCCUGGUAAUGCAGAUUGUCAAAACACGUGGAAAAGAGAAUACAUUAAAAUUGUCAAUAGAUUUGCCCACAUAAUUAGAGCGCAAUUCAACGGCCAUACGCAUAAAGAUGAACUAAAGGUGAUUUACAACAGUAAUGAUAACAGCAAUAUUAACAGCAUUGCUUGGAAUGGUGGUAGCAUAACUACUUACGAGAAUUUAAAUUCCAAUUACAAGCUCUACACUAUUGACAGCAAAAAUUAUGCAGUAAAAGAUUUCGAUAAUUGGAUAUACAAUUUGACUUUAGCCAACAUUAAUACUGACAAACGGCCAAUAUGGUAUAAGUCGUACUCGUUUAAAGAAGAAUAUGGCCUUUCCGACUUGACAUAUGAUUCGUUACAAGCUUGGCUGUUUAAACUAGUAAAUGACGAGGACCUGUUGAAACGUUACCACAGGAACUAUUUUAAACAAGCUGAUGCAUCACUGAUGGGAGAAUGCGAUGCAAAAUGCAUGAAAACUUUUAUAUGCUAUAUAAUUGUGAGCCUAGGAGAUCACGAAAUUAAAUGUGAUAAUAAUUAGUAGUCUUGAAUUUACAGUU